GUAGGUUCACUUAUUUUGCAGAGAGUUCUGCAAUUGAUUAAGAACCUUAACAAAACGGAGCUGUAGAAGCAAGAGGGUUGAAAGAGUAGUGAUCAUAUUACUUCAUUGGAGAAUGAAUGGCAAAAAGGGUAGCUUUGAGAUCAAUAUCCCUUCAUCUAUCAAAGGGAAGAAGCUACCUGAGGCAAGCAAGAAAUCCGGGAAAAGCUUUUCAUGUAAAAACUGGAUUUGGCAUGCAUGGGAAUUAUGCAAAGAAGACAGCAACAGGGUAUUAUUCUCUCUCAAAGUGGGGCUAGCUGUUCUUCUUGUGUCUUUGCUUAUACUAUUCCAAGCACCUUAUGAUGUGUUUGGCACCAACAUCAUCUGGUCCAUCCUCACUGUUGCCAUCAUGUUCGAAUAUACAGUGGGUGCAACGUUUAAUCGAGGAUUCAACCGAGCACUUGGAAGCUUGCUUGCCGGAAUCUUGGCCAUCAUCGUUGCUCAGUUAGGUCUAUGGAGUGGCCAGGUUGCUGAGCCUUUCGUUAUUGGCAUUAGCAUUUUUCUGAUUGGGACUGUUACAUCAUUCAUGAAAUUAUUGCCAUCAUUUGCGCCAUAUGAGUAUGGCUUCAGGGUCAUCCUUUUCACCUUUUGCUUGAUCGUCGUCUCCGGUUACCGGAUGGGAAACCCUAUUAAGACUUCCAUGGAUCGACUGUAUUCAAUAGCCAUUGGAGGGUUUGUAGCAGUUCUAGUGAAUGUGCUUGUUUGCCCUAUAUGGGCAGGAGAGCAGUUGCACAAGGAACUAGUUGACAGUUUUACUGCAGUGGCUGACUCUCUUGAAGAAUGUGUGAAGAAAUAUUUAGAAGAUGAAGGAUUAGAACAUCCAGAAUUCUCAACGACUGUCAUGGAUGAGUUUCCGGACGAGCCUGCUUAUAGGAAAUGCCGAAGCACCUUGAACUCCUCUGCAAAAAUAGAGUCCUUGGCUAGUUCUGCAAAAUGGGAGCCACCACAUGGGAGGUUCCUACACUUCUUCUAUCCAUGGUCGGAGUACGUUAAAGUUGGAGCAGUUUUACGAUAUUGUGCUUACGAGGUUAUGGCUCUUCAUGGUGUUCUACACUCAGAAAUUCAGGCACCCUACAACCUCCGAAUCACAUUCCAAUCAGAAAUCCGAGAAGCUGCAAGUCAUGCUGCAGAGCUGGUGAAGGUGUUGGGCAAAGAUAUGAGCAACAUGCAGAGAAGCAUGAAACCCUCUUUACUGAAGAGGGUUCACAGCUCAACAGAGAGACUCCAACGCGCCAUAGACAUGCACUCCUAUCUGCUGACAUCCUCUUGUGAGCCCCCAGCAGACAGCUCUUCCAGGCAACUGCCGAGGCUUUCUUCUACCUUCUCAUCCACCCUCUGCGGCGACCUCCCAAACCAAGUGGAAAAUGUUGAAGAAAAUGGUGGGAACUCAGGGACUCUGCAUCUGGCAAGGACAGAGUCUUAUCAUGAGAACAUGAGGAAGCAGUCAAGAAGGAUGCACUCUUGGCCGCCUAGAGCAAUGGAUGCUUUUGAAGAAGAGGGAGGCCCAAGCGCAGACAAUUUGCCAAGGAUGAAUGCAUUGGAGAGCACUGCAGCAUUGUCACUGGCUACCUUUACUUCAUUGCUUAUCGAGUUUGUGGCUAGGCUUGAUCACUUGGUUGAAGCUGUUGAGGAGCUUUCAAAGCUGGCCAAGUUCAAGCAUGAAGGGCUCUAGAUGGAACAUGUCUCUCUCU